UGACAUGAAUUCUUGCAUCGUGAGGCCGUUGGAAAAGUGGGUUCGUAGAACUGGGAUGAAGAUAUAAAAACCAAAAGCGAUGAAUUCAUCCUUUGCAACGUCCUCAUUGAUGUACCUACUACUUUGUCUUCAGUUUAUUAAGAAUGAAGCCAAAAGCAUCACAUUUGGUAUUGUGCUCGACAGCAAUGGAUACGGCCAGGAAUUCAUCGAAAUCAUAAAAAUAAUCACGAACGCGCUUCCAGAAUUUGAUGUAUCUUAUUCAAUAAAACUCAUUGAUACUUCACUUCCACUUUCGCAGCAGCUGGACGAUAUGUGUUACAGUGAAACCGACUUCGAGGUACUACUUUCAGCUACGUCAUGCGAUAUUCUGAGAAGUCUAGCACAGCAGAGUGAGUCCAUGGGAAUGUUGCACUUUGCAGUGAAUGUAGACCAUUGUCCGCCAAUUGGUCACUCCGUGUUUUUAGAUAGAAUUUCUCAUUAUGAUGUCACCCAAGCCAUCGCCGAUGUGAUUCAAGAAAGGAAUAAAAAGGCUGAUCUUGUUGUUCUACACGAUACCAAAUAUGAGAAACAACCCACAGUAAGAUCUCUUCUCCGCGAGCUCAUACGGAGGGGGAUAAAAUAUUCAUAUCUAAUUUUUGAAACCGAUAUAACGAAAGUAUAUCGUAGAAUGGUUAUGGUCCGUCGGGGAGCAAAGGAGCUGAGCGUUCUUGUUCUGGGAGACUUCUCGGAGUUCAAAUAUAUUUUAGAUCAGAUGUACGAUCAGAAUCGGCUGGAUCCCACAGUAUCCUAUCUGAUCGUAAAUGAUGGUUGGGAGGCUACAAACCCGGAAAUUGAAGUACCUCAGCGAGUCUCUUACAAUCUCGAUUUAAUGAUGCUAUUACUCAAAAGAAAGAUAAGUGAUCAAUUUUCUUUGGUUCUGCAUGAAGUUCUGAUCACCAGCAAAGAGAGUAACUCGUCUAAAUUCCAGCAGUGGAAAACUCGUAUAGAUAGAGAAGAUCUAUUUGCUUCUGCUGUCGUGUGGAGCGUAGUUGAAUCGUCAAAGACGUUGUGGAACUUCCAGGAACAGAAUUUACAGAAGAAAUGCUCGUACUUCAAUACAUCUGAAUCUCCUGAUGAGAUAUCUUUUAAGUCUCUCGUAUUGAAUCGGAUGAAAGACAUCGGUGUCCUGGCUGGAGAUUUGCAGUAUGCCUUGCUGAGGAAUAUUCCGGUCGAUUCAGAGACAGAAAUGUUUCGUCACAUAGCCGAUUGGAAGGCAUCCGUAAAACCCAGGUUCCGUUAUCUCAACAAAAAUAUUGAAACGCAAUUACUUUUUGAGAACAGGACCUUAAAAAUAGCAUUGCCCUACAAUCCGCCUUACACAUUUACAGAUGGAAAAGUACAGGGAGCUGUCGGGAAGCUGUUCGACUACCUUGUAAAGAGACUGAAAUUCAAAUAUGAGGUCGUUUGUCCUGAAGAUAACGAAUGGGGAGUAUUAAUGGAGAAUGAGGAAUGGACUGGCGCUGUAGGAAUGCUUUUGAAUCGGACUGCAGAUCUGGUGCCUUUUCUGGGAAUCACUCGUGGGCGAGAUAGUGUUUUGGAAUUCUCAGAACCUGUGAUGACGACCAGCAGCUCCAUUUUAGUCCAGAGACCCAGAGAACCACCUAGAACGUUAAUUUUCCUCAGACCUUUCUCCAAGCAUGUAUGGUUGCUGAUCUUAACAACCGUUCCCAUUAUGGCCUGCAUUCUCUGCUUUAUACACAGAAAAAGUUCAAUCUUUGUAGGCAGCGGUAAAAAAGAAAUGCGAAGCGGUCUUUCGAAAUUUUCAAAUUGUCUUUGGUAUAUGUAUGGAGCUAUACUUCAACAAGGUGGUAUCCAUUUGCCGAAUACUCUUAGUGCUCGGACCGUGGUAUGCUUUUGGUGGCUUUUCGUCAUGGUUGUCAUGGCAACAUACAGCGGAAAUCUUAUAGCUUUCCUCACCUUCCCAGAAGCUGACUGGAAAGUUACUUCUCUUGAAGAUUUGGCUUCUAAAGAAUCCAUCAUCAUCGCAUUAAAAGAAGGCACCAGCAUCCAUCAAGAAAUUUUAGAAUCUCCGGUGGAAACCCUGAAACGACUAAAGUACAGAUUUGAAAACGACCGCAAUGCAAUGCUUGUGGCCAAUGUGACUUCCAUUUUACCACUUAUUAGGAAAGGAAAAGCUGUUUUCCUUGAAGACUUUUAUGUGCUUUCUGACUUAAUUAGCACUGACCACAAGGAAACAGGAAGAUGCCUGCUUGCUCUGGCACCAGAAGCUUUCCUAGAAAUCUAUCUCGCUAUUGCUGCUAGGAGAGGAAGUCCUUACAUGAAAGAUAUCAACUCGUACAUUCGACAAUUAUGGCAUGGAGGACUUAUGCAGCACUGGGCUAAACGGUUCUCUAACCUGGACACUCACGAAUGUUACUUCAUCACCACCACUUUGAGAGGAGGAAGGAAAGAUGUCACGCUUCGUGAUCUCCUGGGGGCUUUCCUCAUGCUACUUUGUGGUCUUUGCAUAGCGAGUUCCGUGAUCUUGGCCGAAGUAGCUUACGUCGGUCUCAAGAAGUUACUCGCAACUGAACGGACGAGCAAAAAAUUACGAUUGCAUCUUUUCAUGAUUAACAUUGUGAAAACUAAAAACAUCAAAUUCAUCUCUGGAAAGGGAAUAAAGUGAUAUUUUUUUGUUAAGCUGGCCUAAAUCUUCUCGUGUGAUUGACA